GGGGGUGGUCCCUCCCCGUGCCCAAAGGUGGACCAGAGAGCUAGGUGCGGGCCCACCGAGCGCCUGCGGGGCUGCCAGUCCCCCACUGGGGUCGGGGCUCCGCGGUCCUGUCCUCUCGGCGCGCCCCGGCACCCUCCCCACUCACGCCAUCCCUCCUAUUGGCGCCCUCGCCCCCACCGCACCCCUGCUCUUCCUGCGCAUCGCCCCACCGCACCCCUCCGCCUCCUAGGGGCCCUGGUCUCCCCCGCACACCGGUGCCCCCUCUCCUCCCCGAGUCGCCCCUCCCCACUUUCCCCCCAGCGGGGAUCCGCUGUCCCCACCGCGCGUCCCCUCGCCCUGCCGCCAGCGUCCCCGGGCCUAGCCCAGGGCGCCGUCAGAGCACCCUCCGCGCCCGGGCCGCGCACGGCCCCGACGCCUCCCUCCCCACGUCGCGCGCCGCCCGCCGAUCCCUCGGACGAGCCGGGCGCGGAUUGGCCUUGAGAAGAGGGAAGUGCCCGCCCCCCGAGCCGCCGGCCAAUGGGGAGGCGGGGGCGGGCCGGCGGCGGGCGCCGGAAGCGGCCGAGCGACGAGGGGACGUCGCGUCGCCGGGUCUCGAGCAGCUGCCGCGGAGCCGCCGGACGGACCGCCGGACCUGCCUGCCCGCCAUGGCCGAGAGCGACUGGGACACGGUGACGGUGCUGCGCAAGAAGGGCCCCACGGCCGCCCAGGCCAAGUCCAAGCAGGCUAUCCUAGCAGCUCAGAGACGGGGAGAAGAUGUGGAGACUUCCAAGAAGUGGGCCGCCGGCCAGAACAAACAGCAUUCGAUCACCAAGAACACGGCCAAGCUGGACCGGGAGACUGAGGAGCUGCACCACGACCGGGUGACCCUGGAGGUGGGCAAGGUGAUCCAGCAAGGCCGGCAGAGCAAGGGGCUGACUCAGAAGGACUUGGCCACGAAAAUCAACGAAAAGCCACAGGUCAUCGCGGACUAUGAAAGCGGACGGGCCAUUCCUAAUAACCAGGUUCUGGGCAAGAUCGAGAGAGCUAUCGGCCUGAAGCUCCGGGGGAAGGAUAUCGGGAAGCCGAUUGAGAAGGGGCCCAGGGCGAAAUGAACACAAAGCCUCGAAAUCAGUGCGUUCCGGCUGAUCUCGCCUGGCUGGUUCCCCUUGACCACCGGUGCCAGCGUGGUCUCUUCACGUGGCCGAGCGGAACGCGGGGCGUCAGCCCUGCCCGGGAACCCCCUCUACCCUGCUGUCAAACAAAACCUUGCAAAGUAUUGCUUCUCCUGAUUUUUUUUCCUUCCCAUCCCUGGUGUCUGCCCAGCCUCGGGGCGGCUCCCCGGGGAGCUCUGAGCGGGACCACCUCACGCUGGCGGGGCUGUGGGGUGGGGUGGCCUGACCCAGAAGAGAAGAUGUCUUCUCCAGUCGGCUUUUAGAGAAGCUAAUAAACGUGUUGCCCUUCC